AUACCAAACGUCAACUAACUGUCAAAUAAACUUCAAAAUUGAAAAAUGCAAACUGUUGUGGUGUGUGUGAACUGUUUUCCAACCGGUUUUUAAACACUGUUUUCGCUUAUUUUGCUUAAGUAUUUACUAAAACUAACCCUAAACGCUUACAACUUUUUGUAAAUUAUCCACGUAAAACCUUUAAAACGUUCCCUAGGUUAAUCUUCGUAUACCCGCCAAUCGUUAGGGUUUUCAGGUUAUCUCAGCCCCCACAAAAAGUUCAGUUUUUGGAAAAACCAUGUUAAACUCGAGCACUAUAAUGAACCAAACCAUAGAAAAUCAGUUGCCCAUUCAAAAAAUGGAAGUGGCCGCCAAAAAUGUGGAUAAGUCCUCGGCAAUGGACUGUAACUCGCCAAAACUGAUCGAACUAAUGAAUAUAAACCCACAGAGUGGAUCCACUGCCAGUGGUUUGGUGGACCAUGACUAUCCAUCGAUAAAUGGAGUUCCCUUAGCGUUAAAUAACUUGACGCAAAUCAAGAAUGUCAGUACCAUACCUCUUCCACCAGAAAUUGUAGAUCAUUUUAGCCAUAUACAAUGCCAUUGCAUGAUGGGUCUAUUUCCAGAAAUUAACAGGGCCUGGCUUACUGUGGACAGUGAUAUUUACAUAUGGACUUAUGAAGAAAACACUGACUUAGCAUAUUUCGAUGGAAUUAAUGAGACCAUUUUAUGUGUUGGCUUAGUUAAACCAAAACCAGGGGUCUUCCAUGCUUUUAUCAAGUAUUUACUGAUACUUACAACUGCAGUAGAUGUAAUUGUUUUGGGACUCACUUUUUCAGAAUCUGGUACAGGAGAAGAAGAAAUCCAUCUAAUACCAGAUCCUGUAUUUACACUGCCAACUGAUGGCAAUACAAUUACAACCAUUGCAGCUACUUCCAAUGGAAGAAUAUUCUUUGGUAGUAAAGAGGGGGCACUGUUUGAAAUUUCUUACCAGGCUGAGAGUGGAUGGUUUGGCAAACGGUGUAAAAUGGUGAAUUUAUCCACUAGUGCCCUCUCGUUUUUGGUGCCUUCCUUCCUAAAUGCUGCCUUGACUGACGAGGAUAGUAUUGUGCAAAUAAGUAUAGACAACAGCAGAAAUAUUUUGUACAGUUUAACGGAAAAAGGCGCCAUUGAAGUGUGUGAUCUUGGUGAAAAGGGCAAUGGGUUCUCUAGAGUGACAAAGGUUUCACAAAGUAGUUUGAUUUCUCAGGCUAUGAAUACAGUAAAAACUCUGGACAGUCAAAACUUCCGACCGAUUGUCAGCAUAUCAGCAGUAGAAUCAUCCGAGUCAGGAAACAUCAAUUUGGUGGCAGUGACUCAGACAGGAGUAAGAUUCUAUUUGUCAGUGGUCAGCUUAUCGAAUCAGCAACCGAACCAGAGGCCUUACACUUUAACUUUGCUACAUGUCAGACUACCACCGGGAUAUUCAGCGAAUAUUACUGUCAGACCUAGAGAGGUGCAUUUGGCCCAAUAUAGGGAUCGUAACCUGUUACUAAUAUCCACAGUAAAAGACAAAGAUGUACUUUGGUGUAUGAGCUCUGACCUUUUUCCCUUCAGUUCCUCUUUAAUGGAAGCCUACACUAGCGUUAACUUGGAAGGGCCUGCCUUAGCAUUGGCGGAGGUUAGAGAUCAUUCCUUGGGCCACCCCCUGAAUGACCAAGAAGACCCUCCUUUGGUCGUAAGGCAACACGCGGAACCCCCAAAGAAAUACGUCGUUCUAACGUCUCAUAGUGUGCAAAUAUUCGUUAAACUACGUCCCGUAGAUUUGUUGCAUCAACUAUUAAAGGACAGCAGAGGUCAAGACACUACGGCAUUAAAAGCGUUUUUCACGAUCCAAAGAGAGGCUCAGGCCUGCGCCACCUGUUUGAUAUUAGCAUGUUUGGAAAACGAGGAAAACGCUGAGGUGGCAGAAAUGGCCACUAGGGCUUUUUUUAUGUUUGGCGGGGAACCACAGGUCACCCAGAUGAACCUUAAUCAAACGAAUAUAUUUUCGGGCAGCUCGUUCUUCAACCCCAACAUCAUUUCCACCCCGGCGGGGCCCUACCAGCCAAACUCGUACAGCCAACAAGGGGCCCUACAGCCCUAUUCUCCCGGAUAUCAACAGACGAUGGGACAACAGCCCUUUGAUCCCAGCAGCUUAAUCACCUUUUCAGCCAAACAUAAUGGACUUUAUUUGUAUUUAUCACGAAUUUUAAGGCCGGUAUGGAAUAGGCCUUGCGUGGAAUGCUUAUGCCCUGACGGAAAAACUUUAUUGCAUGCCAGUACAGUAACGGCGGAAGAAUGUGUUCAAAUCCAAACGAACCUCAAUGCGCUGCACAAUUUUCUUUGCCAUAACACUCAACUAUCUACCUCUUUAUGUACGAAUUAUGCGCCAGUUCAGCAGAAUACCAUCUUUAACUCCACAGUUCUUAAUCAGAAUUCAAUGAAUAUUACUGUUCAAGAUGCCCAGCUCGAGGAGAGACAAUCCUUGGACGCCUUAAAGACUUUCGUCUGUCAUUGUUGUCAAAUUAUGGGAUUGUGGAGGAUUUUGUGCGACCAUCAGUUUCACGAUUUGCUUGGUUCACUCCCGGAAAACCAACAGCAAAUUCUGCAGGGAACGACUUUUAAGGAAUUGUUCCUUUACAGGCAGGACGUUUGCUCUAUUUUAAUAAAUACGCUAGUAGAUAGUUAUUUAGGAGACAACGCUUCUGUGGAUUCUAUCAGCAAUAAACUGAUGGAAGUUUGUCCUCACUUAUAUAGGCCUGAAGAUGCUGCAUUCUCUAAGGCGAACGAAUUGCUGAAAUCCACCAGAUCUGUUCAAAACACCGACGAAAAAGAGGAAAUGUUAGUGACGGCGUUACAGUUGUGCAAAAAUAUCGCGCCCAACGUGAAUUUACCGGAAGUUUGUAAACAGUUUACCGCCCUAAAGGCUUAUAAGGCGGUAAUAGAGUUGUGCGUGCACUGCGGCAAGAAAAUCGACCCGGAAAAGAUCGCGGAAAGUUAUUUUAAAAGCGACGAAAUCGGCGGGGAUCAGGAUGGGUUAAAUAUGUACCAUAGACGGAUGGAAAUAUACAAGGAAAUAAUUGCUAUGUUAGAUACGAUUUACAAUGAAGAAGAACCGGCGGUACCGACGCAACAGCAAGAGUUCGACUUUUCGGUCGAUAAGCAGAUUUUACUGAGCGAUAUUGAGCCUUCUAAGCUAAGUUCAACGAUGCAACAAGUAAUAAAUCAGAUACUUUACCGCGAAGACGAGCUACUACACGUGGCGUUAUACGAAUGGAUGGUCUCCAGGCGGAUGACUGGUGACCUGUUGAGAGUGAAACUGCCCUCGCUAGAGCACUAUUUAAAACGGUGUUCGAUCCAGAGUCCCGAUAACAUAUUCGUGUUGGAUUUACUAUGGAAAUAUUACGAGAGCAACAAUAACCAUGGGGCGGCCGCUAAGAUUUUAAACAAUUUAGCUUCUAGGACGGGUACGAGCAUAAGUUUGAAAGACCGCCUGGCAUACUUAGCGAGGGCGAUAAUGUGUUUGCGUAGCGACAAAAACGGUAUGGCGUCAUACUUGGGGGUGUUCCUCAGAGAUUUGGAGGAUAAAAUGGAGGUGGCGAGGGUGCAGGAGCUGAUUUUAGAGGAAAUCACUAACUUAAGGAGUCAGAUCGAGAACGCCGAGGAAGCUAUUAUGGCUUUGAAUAGUGGCCUUUAUGAAAUUUCACAGCUGUACGAGAACUUUGCCGAACCGUUUAACCUGCUAGAGUGCCAGUUGGCCAUAAUAGACUGUGCCACUUUUGCGGACGAGGAUAACACCCUAGUGAAAGCCAUAUGGCAACAAAUAAUGGCCAAUGAACUUAGGAAAACUUCUGGAACGGGAAACGACAGACUGAGCCAGGUUUUAAGCAAAGUGAAACUUCUUGCCCGGAGAUAUUUGAAUUCUAAUACGUGUUUUCCGUUAAGUUAUAUUGUUGGUGAACUAGAAAUGGUUUCGGCGAAACUGAGGGCAAACAAGCAUUUAGUUCCGGACAUGCUGGUCUCCGUGGGAGUUCCUUUUGAUAAACUAUUGCAGGUUUACAGCCAUUUAAUAAUACUCUCAAUUAAUCUCGACUUCUGGCAAACCGAGGAGAACGAGUUUCAUCUGUGCGAGGCCACAGCAGCACUAAUAAUGUGUUUCAUCAAUAAUUGCGAUUCGUACAAUAAUGUCGAAAAGAGGAAAAUUAUUGCGAUAUGCCAAGACACUGUUGCCACGUUACUUUCGAACUUAUACAGCAAACCUCACAGUGAGAGGUUGGUGGAUGAUAUACGGAGUAUCCAAGCUCGAUUAUCCAGACUCUAAUAGUUAUUUUUAUAUAUGUAAUUAAUAAUUUUUUUUAGUUAAGUUAAACGUGCGUUAGAAAGUUAAUAUUUUGCCUUUUUUUGUAACUAAAUGUUAUUGUUUUAGUCCGCAUGUUAAUAUUUAAAAAAUCAUUUACUUUGAUGUUAAGUAGGGAAAAAAGCUAUUUGUACGGUUUUGUACUCUUUACAUCGUUUUUGGUAAGAAAAAUACAAUUUUAAUAAAA